AUGGAGGACUCCGAGUUCAAUGAGUUUAAGAAGCAGCUCUCUUCCUACACGCCAAUGAUUCCAGAUAGCAUCAUAGAAUCAUAUUGCGAGAAGUGUGGGGUAGAAACACUUGAUGCGGAUGUUAAAAAGACUGUUGCUCUCAUGUCGCACAAGUUUCUGACAGAUGUUUCCGUGGCUGCAUUUCAGUACCACAAGAUGUUUUCAAAAGCUGCACAGAAAGACAAGCGUUUUGGCAGAGAAAAGAAGAUUACGCUUCAAGUUCAAGAUCUUGAAAGGGCAUUGAAGGACAUGGGGAUAGACAUUUCCCGGCCAAGCUAUUUUUUGUAG